AGGCCGGAGCCGAGACGGAAGAAGCCGCCGCCGCCGCCGCGCAGCAGCCGCCACCUCCUGCCGGAGCCCGACAUGGCGCUCUGAGCCCAGCCCGGCCGCGCCGAGAGCCGCCACCCGCGCGCCUCUCCGGGGGGCUCCGAGCAGCCGCCCCCGCGCCGGCACCGGGAAGCUGGGGCAUGGGCAGGGCCGCUGCUAGGAGCCCGGCAGGCAUGGGAGGAGAGCGGCGCUAGGGUCGCCGUCCCGCCCGCCUCGCAGCUCGGCCCCAGCCCCGCGGCCGCGAGGCCCCGCCGCCGCCGCCCAGGAGCAGGGAGGCCGAGAGAGGGGAGCAGCCGGCGGCGCCCGGCCGCCGCAGCCCGCCAUGGCCCACUCCGCCCGUGGCGGUGCAAGUGCCCGGCAUGCAGAACCAUAGAGCAGACCCAGAAGAGCUAUUCACAAAACUGGAACGCAUUGGGAAAGGCUCCUUUGGUGAAGUCUUUAAAGGAAUUGAUAAUCGGACGCAGCAAGUGGUUGCUAUAAAAAUCAUAGACCUUGAGGAAGCAGAAGAUGAAAUAGAAGAUAUACAGCAAGAGAUAACUGUUUUAAGUCAGUGUGAUAGUCCUUAUGUAACGAAAUACUAUGGAUCAUAUUUAAAGGGCACAAAACUAUGGAUAAUAAUGGAAUACUUGGGUGGAGGGUCAGCUUUGGAUCUUCUGCGUGCUGGCCCAUUUGAUGAGUUCCAGAUCGCUACCAUGCUAAAGGAAAUCUUGAAAGGUCUUGACUACCUACAUUCAGAGAAAAAAAUUCACAGGGAUAUAAAAGCUGCCAAUGUCUUGUUAUCAGAGCAAGGUGAUGUUAAGCUUGCUGAUUUUGGAGUUGCUGGGCAGCUGACAGACACGCAAAUUAAGAGGAAUACCUUUGUUGGAACUCCAUUUUGGAUGGCCCCUGAAGUUAUUCAGCAGUCAGCGUAUGAUUCAAAAGCUGACAUCUGGUCAUUGGGAAUCACUGCUAUUGAACUAGCCAAAGGGGAGCCACCCAACUCUGAUAUGCAUCCAAUGAGAGUUCUGUUUCUCAUUCCAAAAAACAAUCCUCCAACUUUGUUAGGAGAAUUCAGUAAACCUUUUAAAGAAUUCAUCGAUGCAUGUCUGAAUAAGGAUCCAACAUUUCGCCCUACAGCAAAAGAACUUCUGAAGCACAAAUUCAUUAUGAAAAAUGCCAAGAAGACUUCAUACCUGACAGAACUAAUUGAUAGGUUUAAGAGAUGGAAAGCAGAGGGACAUAGUAGCGAUGAAACUGAUUCCGAUGGUUCUGAUUCGGAGUCAAGUAACAAAGAAAACAACUCUCAUCCUGAGUGGAGCUUUACUACAGUUCGAAAGAAACCAGAUGCAAAGAAGCUACAGAAUGGGACGGAUCAAGAUCUUGUUAAAACCCUGAGUUGUUUAACUAUGAUAAUCACCCCUGUCUUUGCUGAGCUCAAACAGCAGGACACAAAUAAUGCUAGCAGAAAGAAAGCAAUUGAGGAACUUGAGAAAAGCAUCAAUAUGGCAGAAGCAACAUGUCCAGGGAUCACAGAUAAGAUGGUGAAGAAACUUAUGGAGAAAUUUCAGAAAUUUUCUGUUAAUGACUCAUCCUAAGAAACUUCACAUAAUUGACUGCUGUUUCAUAUGGACCCAGUGAAACCCACCAAAACUACUUCAAGCUUGGCAGUGCUUAGCUCAUGAGCUCCUUGUGCCUUUUGGAUCUUUGCAACAUAUUGAUGGUGAUUUGAGGAUUUGAAAGAACCUACUCAACUAUUUUGUGGCAGUGCACAUGGUUUUAUAUUUUCAGGAAAUUAUUUUGUAAAAAACAACUUUUAAUAUUGUAGUUUCACCAGUUUAAUCUGAUAAAUGUUGAGGUGCAGUUUUGCUUUUAGAAAUAACCAUUACUUUAGUUGAUAGAAAGUGCAAGUACAGUAUGUUUUGAUGCUAUUUUGUUCCUGUACCCAGGGAUGUACAGGUCUUUUGUAUUCAUGAGUUAAACUUUUGUAAAUCACUAACAAGCUUCAGAGAAAAUUGCUUUUUCACAAGCAUAUUCAAAACAUGUAUUGUAGUGGCAAGGGUAUUGCUGUAGCACCUGCUUCAACCAGCAUAUAGUUAUCGUGCCCUGAAGAAUAAACCUGCAACAGUAUCUAUUAUAAUUCUAAAUUGGUACAGUAUUUUAGGCAGCUCUAUGAUUAAAUAUAUUUGAGAGCAAUAUGUCAAUAGUUUGCAGGUGGUAUGUAGCAACAGGUAUAUCCUGAUGUACAGUAUAUGUAUUACCUUUUAGAACAAGUAGUAAUUCAAUCUUACAUCAUCAUGGUAGGAAAAUUAAAGCAAUACAGUUGAGGGGGUGGGGCUUUUGGCAAUAAUGGACAAAAACUGAAGUCCAAUUUUAUUUAACUUAAUUUUUUUCCUCUGAGUAUACAUACCUGGGUGGAAGGGAGCCAGAGAAGCCGAGCGUCGCAUGAUACAUACCUCACAAGCAGGUAUAAGUGUAACACCAGCGUUCUUUGUGGUGGUGUUGUUUCUCCUGUAAGAUAUUUAUACACAUUUUUGUUCUUAAAUACAUUAAAUACAGUACAUCAACAUAAUUUGUUUAUAAUUUUCUGAAAGUGUAUUUUAAAUAUGUAUUUACCAGUUAAUAUGCAAAUAACUGAGUUAUAGAUAUUCUUUCACAAAAAGGUAGUACUGUGCAGUAUGGAGUGAUUUUUUUCAUAAAAAGUAGGUAAGAUUAUAAAGUUGCUUUCAGUUAUAUAUUUAUGGUACUGCUAACUGGGUAAUCUCUUCUGGUUUUAUAUUAUUUUUUUGUUAUUAUUUGUUUUUCUUUCUUUUUCAACCCAGUAUGUAUAUUAUGCUGAAAUUUUGAACUGGGAUUUUUUUUUCAGUACUUAGCUGUGGAACUGUUGGUGUAAAUUUAUUUUUGAUAAAGGUUGGGUGUGUUUAUUUUAUGGUUCAGACCUGCACAUUUUGUUUUUGCACAAAAGUCAUUUUAAAAAUCUGAAAUAUAUCUGCCAAAUAUUAAAAAAGUAAUGGUGUGCAAGUAAAUACUGCAUUUUUAGUCAAAUGUUGCCAUUACAUCGUUUUUAUAUAAAGGACACUUGUGAGAGAUGGUGGUUAGAUAUGCCAAGGACAAUUAUUUUCAAUGGUGCCUACACUGUAAAAAAAUUUAAAAAAGGAAAAAAAAAAAAAGAAAAAAAACCUUUGUUUUAAUUUUAAAGAAGUGUUUCUGUUUAAAACUUUCAUCUGCUAUAUAACUGAAAUUCGAUUAGAAUUUAUAUCUGAGAAAAAGUCUGGAAAUAGUUUUUGAAAACAAUAAUGUUAUGGAUUAAAUAAAUAUUUUUAUAAAUGUAAAAGCAGCAAAAGUUGUAAAUACAGUUGAUCUGAAGCUUUACAAAAUAACUGCAUCACAAACAAAUUGUAGUGCUUCUCUAGCUUCUGUAGUUGUUAGUCUUGUAAAUCUGUUUAUAGAUGAAGCUUAUUUCAAUGUUUUGGGGGGUUUUAAAUGGUUUAAAAAUAAAUAUUUAAGUUCUGUAAACUUUCAUGAGCUCUUUCUGUUGUGCAUUUUAUUCUGGAUUUUAAUAAAUGUGCAGAGGCGUGCA